AUGGCCCGAAGUAACACCCUAUUGCUAUCCCUCACGGCGGCCGCCCUCGCCACCACGGCUGCCGGCCGACAAUGCCAGAAUCUCACGAUUCCAGUGACGGCCUCGGCGAGAAAUGGAGUCUUUGGAAUCGAGGCGCCCCAAACUAAUAUUGACGUGACGAAUUUCAUGCUCGAUCUCAGCCAGGUCGGCAACAACUUGACCGAAAAGCUCCUGACUGGCUAUGCCACCGUCUCGGGAACCUGCAACGUUGCGGCCACAUACUGCGAGCCCGAUUCUGGCCCGGGCAAGGCCCUCCAGGUCCUGGUCCAUGGAAUCGGCUUCGACCGAUCCUAUUGGGACUUUCCCGCCGACAACUAUAAUUACAGCUACGUGGACCAAGCCCUCGCAGCUGGCUACUCGACGUUUGCCUACGAUCGCCCAGGCAUUGGACAGUCCCAGCACGGCGACCCAGUCAACGAGAUCCAGUCGUUCCUCGAGCUCGCCGUGCUCAUCGAGCUGACGUCGCAGCUGCGUGCUGGUCAGGUCGAAUCCGUCGCCACGUACGACAAGACGGUUCACGUCGGCCACAGUUUCGGAUCAAUCCAAACUUACGGCCUCGCGGCCCAGCGUCCAGAGCUCACUGAUGCCAUUGCUCUGACGGGUUUCAGCCAGAACGGCUCCUACAAUGCAGAGUUUGCUCUCGGCGGCAACUUUGUUCAGGCCAACAGCAUCCCCGCCUUGGGCGACUACCCGGAUGGAUACUUUGCAUCCGGCUCCGAGACUGGCGUGCAGAUCAACUUCUUUGGCCCUGGCGACUUUGACCCGGCCAUUCUGAAGGCUGCUUACAGCACUGGCCAGCCAGUUACUGUCGGCGAGCUGCUCACUCUUGCUGGCCCCGCCUCAGUGCUCAACACCUAUCCCGGACCAGUGCAAAUCGUUACUGGAGAACGUGAUAUCCCAUUCUGUGGUGGAAACUGCAGCGUGACCACUCCAUCUGUUCCGGAGCAAGCUGGGCAAUAUUUCCCCAACGCCACCUACUUUGAUGCCCUUGUCGUCCCUGGCGCUGGCCAUGGACUCAACUUGGAGUACACAUGGCCGGUCACUUACAAGACCAUACUUGAUUUCUUUGACGAGCACUUGUAG